UGUCCUUUUACUUAUAAUUUUUGGAUAACAACCACUGAUCAUAAUCUUGUAUAGUUUCAAGCCUCUACAACGUUUGUCGUUGCAAUCAACAACUUCCUGUACUAGGAAUAGCGCUCAGGGUUUCCUCUAAAACACUGUUCCCGGAGCGUACUCAUCUGUGGCGCGAAGCUAAGCGCGCACUUGCACAGUAUCUUGGUUUCACCUCCAAGUUCGUUAACAUGAUGGCACCUCAGCAGCAACUAAGCCGCCGCGCUCACGCCCGUAUGGCUUGCUCUUCUCGUGUGCUGGCCACUCGGGUGCUGGCAGUAGCGGCCCCGCUUGCGCCCCCGGCUCCUUCGGCUUCCCCGGCGCCGGCGGUGCCAACGGUCGGCAUCAGCGAGCGCAGCGGUCUUAAGCAUUUGCCGGAGCCUGCCCGUGCCCGUGCUUUGGACAGGAAGGCUAAUAAGUUUGAGAAGAUCAAGGUUGAGAAGUGCGGCUCGACCGCUUGGACUGAGGUCUUUGAGCUGUCACGGCUACUUCAGGAGGGCAAGUCUACGUGGGAAGACCUCAACCUUGAUGAUGUUGAUAUCCGCAUGAAGUGGGCAGGGCUAUUCCAUCGCGGCAAGCGCACGCCCGGCAAGUUCAUGAUGCGCCUAAAGCUUCCCAACGGUGAGCUCGACGCCCGCCAGCUCCGCUACCUGGCCUCCACCAUUGCCCCGUACGGCGCUGACGGCUGCGCCGACAUCACCACACGCGCCAAUAUUCAGCUUCGCGGCUUUGCCCUCGAGGACGCGGAGUCCGUGAUCCAAGGGCUGUGGGACGUGGGCCUUACGUCCUUCCAGAGCGGCAUGGACAGCGUGCGUAACCUCACGGGCAACCCCAUUGCUGGCGUCGACCCACAUGAGCUGAUCGACACGCGACCGCUGCUGCGGGAGAUGGAGGCGAUGCUCUUCAACGAUGGCAGGGGCCGCCAGGAGUUUGCCAACCUGCCCCGCAAGCUCAACAUUUGCAUCUCCUCCACGCGAGACGACUUCCCGCACACCCACAUCAACGACGUCGGUUACGAGGCCGUACGGCACCCUGAGAGCGGCGAGGUGGUGUUUAACGUGGUUGUGGGCGGCAUGUUCUCCAUCAAGCGCAACGUGGUUUCCAUUCCGCUGGGCUGCUCCAUUACGCAGCAGCAGCUGAUGCCCUUCACGGAGGCCCUGCUGCGCGUGUUCAGGGACCACGGCCCCCGCGGCGACCGCCAGCAGACCCGGCUAAUGUACGCAGUGGAGGCGAUUGGGGUGGAGAAGUUCAAGCAGCUGAUCGCCGAGUACAUGGGCGGAGCGGAGUUCGCACCACCCGUGCAUGUGCACCACGAGCAGCCCUGGGAGCGGCGGGACCUGAUGGGGGUGCACCCGCAGCGGCAGCCGGGGCUCAACUGGGUGGGCGCGUGCGUGCCGGCGGGCCGCCUGCAUGCGGCUGACUUUGCUGAGAUGGCGCGCGUGGCGGAGCAGUACGGUGACGGCACCGUACGCGUGACGUGCGAGGAGAACGUGAUUUUCGUCAACGUGCCGGACGAGAAGAUCCCGGCCAUGCUGGCAGAGCCGCUCUUCCAGCGAUUCAAGGUCAACCCCGGGCUGCUGCUGCGUGGGAUGGUGUCGUGCACUGGCAACCAGUUCUGCGGCUUCGCGAUGGUGGAGACCAAGCAGCGCGCUGUGCGGGUGGUUCAGGCCCUGGAGGAGCAGCUGGAGCUCACCCGGCCGGUGCGCAUCCACUUCACCGGCUGCCCCAACAGCUGCGGCCAGGCACAGGUGGGCGACAUCGGUCUGAUGGGCGCUCCCGCCAAGCUGGACGGCAAGGCAGUGGAGGGCUUCAAGAUCUUCCUGGGCGGGAAGAUUGGGGAGAACCCCGAGCUGGCCAAGAAGUUUGAGCAGGGCGUUCCCGCCGUUUAUUCCCACCUUAUUCCGCGGCUGAAGGAAAUCCUGAUUCAGGAGUUUGGCGCCAAGGAGAAAGCGACCGCUGCCUAGACCUAUGCCGCUGUACUUGCUUCCGUCGUCCUGGAGAGCAGCGCAAGGACCAGCCGCUUUAACGCUUCGAGGCCGUAGAGCGAGGGACAAGGAGAGAGUAUUAGGAAGUAUGUAUUUCUUGGUUUGUUGCAUGGUCUGAGUUCUGUACUUACGUAGAGCUCAGGGCGCCGUACACUAGACGGGGUUGUUUCGUGAGAGUUGUUCUGGAACUACCUUGCUUGUUGAGUAGGUUUAGUUUAAUUGGUGGUAGACCGCUACUGGUUACGAGUUGAACAGGAUUGGCCGCGAGUUGAGUGAUACGCAUAGGCUAGGGUUAGUGCUCCAGUGGAUAGUACGGGCGGGGUCCUUGCAGGUUGCCUCCGUCAACAGAGCCGUUAACAGAGCUAUGCAAGGGGUAUUCGAGAAAAGUACCUGUAUGGUUGUUUUAUGGCCUGUACACGGUUUUAGGUAUAGCACAGUAGGAAUGUGCAGGUACGUUUCCCCGGCUCGCAUUGAAGUCUGACUUAUUGCAUGUGCUGUGCAUGUGCUGUGCAUGUGCUGUGCAUGUGCUGUGUACUACUAAAGACGGUCUGUGGAUUAUUUCGCAUUCGGGCUGCUCGGCUGGCAAUUUGCCUGAUCUACAGCUCAAAAGUACUUCUGGAUGUUUGUACUGGGUGUACGAUGUUGCAUUAUUUGCAGAAAGAAUUAGGACAACAUGAUGCAGUGGAGUGGUACGUUGGCGCCUUUCCGUGCGUAGGUGGGAGGGUGAAUCAACUGAGAAGAGUGCGUGCACUGUCAACACAGGC